CAACAUGGCGGCGCCCGCUAUCAGGCGCAGCUGGCUCGCUUCCGUUUCCAGAAAAGUGGGAAGUUGUCUGUUUAAUUCAGUUGUCAUCGCCCAGGCGGCUCCGCGCGGUGACGAAAUGGACUCUGCGGGGCCAACCAAGCUGGAGUUUGCGGUGCAGAUGACGUGUGAGAGCUGCGCAGUUAAAGUCCGAGCUGUGCUGGAAGGCGAACCAGGAGUGUCGUCCGUCAGUGUGGAUGUGGGUAAGGAGCAGGUGCUGGUGGAGUCGGCGCUGACCAGCGCAGAGGUGCAGGCUCUGAUAGAGAGCACGGGACGCAGGGCGGUGCUGAAAGGCAUCGGAGGAUCGGAGCACGACCUGGGUUCAGCUGUGGUUAUGCUGGCCGGUGUGGGGAGGAUCCAGGGGGUGGUGCGUUUGCUGCAGCUGUCCGAGCAGCGCUGCUUGAUUGACGGGACCAUUGAUGGGUUGGAGCCCGGACCCCACGGCCUCCACGUCCACGCCCUGGGGGACCUCACGCGGGACUGCCUCAGUUGUGGAGAGCACUACAACCCCUUCGGAAGACAACACGGCGGUCCAGGGGACUCUGAAAGGCAUGUGGGUGAUCUGGGAAAUAUUGUUGCUGGACCAGAUGGCCGAGCUUCAUUUCGACAAGAGGACAGUCAGCUAAAGGUUUGGGACGUGAUCGGCCGGUCGUUGGUGGUGGAUGCGGGCGAGGACGACCUGGGCCGAGGAGGUCAGCCGCUCUCCAAACGGACUGGGAACUCUGGGGAAAGGUGUGUCAACGGCACUGACUGGCCUGUGGGAUCAUCGCCCGAUCCGCUGGUCUUUUCCAGAACCCCAAACAGAUUUGCGCCUGUGACGGGGUCACGCUGUGGGAGGAGAGAGACCGGCCGAUAGCGGGGAAAGGUCGGAGCAAGGCCGGCACGGAGACGCCGGCGGCACACCUCUGAACACAGAGCCUUAUCCGUUUGAACAGAAAAGGAUCGGAGCUCUGAGGAAUACGUUUCCACACAGCUGGACGGAUGACCAAAGAAAAACGGCCUUAUUUUCUUGAAAUGAAAUCCUCUUGCGGUCACAGUUUACUGUCCUCUGAGGAUUUUAAAAGCACUGUAGCAGUUUAAAUCGGAGGCUUUGUGAAAGCCACCUUUGAUUAGCUAGAUGUCCGUUAAUACUGUUGUAUGUUUGUAUAAAGAGCCACCUCCGACACAAUCUGUCUCGUCGCCGUCUAAAUGAAUAACAUUCAUGGCUGGGAUCAAUUUAAUUAAAGUGUCUAAGCUGAUGAUGCAAGCCUCCUAAAAAAACAGUCGUAGAAAUGAUUCGUUAAAAACAUAGGUUUUGAGUUUAGCAGGAAAGUCAACACACACGUGGGUUUACAAAAUGGAGUGAGGCUUAUAAUUAGGAUAUUUACUGUCGCAAAGCUUUCCAGCUGCAUUAGUCCGACUGCACAGUAUACGUUCUGUUCCACUGUUUAUCUGCAACUCCUCCAUUAGUGUGUUCAUUUUAAAUCCAUCAGCUUGUGCGGGUGACUUGUUUAAGAGAGAUUUUGAAAGAGCUCGGAGGAGAGAGUCAAAUUCCAGAGGGAAAGU